GGUUUUGGGGCAUCGUCGUCUCGUCGUCAUCUUCUAGAGUCUUCCACAGAACUCCGAACCCUCGAGACCUCUCCUUUCCUCUUUCAGUGCUCGCAGUCGGCUUCUUCUUUAACCCCAUCUCUCUCCUCUCCUCUCCUCUCCUCAUCUGCUGCCUCCAUUGAUUCUGCAGAUCAAGCUUUGCAGCUUUCCGUGAUUGAUUGAUACUUGGCUCUCUCGCAUUGUUCUUCUCUGAUGGCGAAGUACGGGGAGGGAGAUACGCGUUGGAUCGUGGAGGAGCGAGCCGACGGCGCCAACGUCCACAACUGGCACUGGGCCGAGACCGACUGCCUCGAGUGGUCACGCAACGUCCUCUCCAAGCUCCUCUCCGACCUCACCCUCCUCGACGGCGAGGGCAACCUCUUCAUCAAGACCAAGAAGGUCGACAAGGUCGAUGGCGAGGCUUAUGUCAACAUCAGGAAGGGGAAGAUCAUUCCCGGCUACGAAAUCAGCGUCUCCAUAUCCUGGGAGGGCGAGGACAGGGACUCCGACGGGAAGUCCCUGUUGAAGGUCGACGGCACCGUCGAGAUCCCGUACAUCUCUGACGAGAAUGCGGAUGAGGACCCUGAGCUGAAAGUGACCAUCAAGGACGACGGGCCCGUAGGGCGGAGGCUGAAGGAGGCGAUGCUCAGCAGAGGGAAGCCGGUGAUUCUGGAGAAGGUCCGGGUUUACGUGCAGAGCAUGGCCAAUGGAGGUCCCGCUAAGGACGAUUUGGAGUCGAAGAAGGUGGCCCCAAAGAGCCAGUCUUCUGCUGCCGCCAUCAAGAAGGAGGAGGCGGCGGCGGCUGCUGCUGCGCUGGAGAAGGAGGCGAAGAAGAAGAAGAAGGAGACCAAGCAGGGGUUUAAGACGAUAAGCCUGACUGAGAGGUUUAGCUGCAGAGCAAGGGAUAUGUAUGAGAUCCUGAUGGACGAGAAUAGGUGGAAGGGUUUCACUCAAAGCAAUGCGAAGAUAAGCAAAGAUGUGGGUGGAGAGUUCAGUAUAUUCGAUGGCUCUGUUACAGGGACCAAUGUGGAGUUGCAGGAGGGGAAGUUGAUCGUGCAGAGAUGGCGGUUCGGAAGUUGGCCUGAUGGCAUUCAAUCCACCGUAAUGCUUGUCCUUGAAGAGCCUGAGCCCGGGGUGACCAUAGUUAAGCUAACGCAUACUGAUGUUCCUGAGGAAGACAGAUAUGGGAAUGCUACUGUGGUGGAGAACACAGAAAGAGGGUGGCGCGAUCUGAUCUUCAACAAGAUACGGGCUGUUUUUGGUUUUGGAAUAUGAUUUGAAUCUGUGCUCUCUCUGAUUAGGUCUAGAAUUGUUUGCCCAGUUUGCAGUCUCUCUCAAGAAGAGAGAUAUGAUGGGAUUAUAUGAGCUAAUAUUAAAACUUGUCUGUGCUUUUGAGUCUUGAUGUGCUGGACGAUUUUACUUAUGUUUCUUGUGCAAACAAGAUUCUUCUCUCAAUUUAUCCAAUAACCCAGUGUCCAAUUUUGCUCUCGAA